GCCCUCUCGGGUUUCCUGGGCCCCCUCCCGGCCCGCUCCCACUUUCGCUUUCGCCGGCGGCUCCGCCGCGGCCCGAGGGGUCCCGAGGGGGUCCCGGGGGGUCCCGAGGGGGUCCUGGAGGGUCGCGGGGGGGCUCCGGGAGCGCUCGCGGGUCCCCGUGCGCCGUCCCCAGCUCGGCACCACCAUGGACGUGUCCCCCCCUUGCUCUGCUCCGGUGCCGCCGCUCCUUCUGCUCCUGGCCCUGCCCGCCCUCGGCAGCUGCUGCUCCUUCGGCUUUAACCCCAUCAGCAGCACUUUCAGCGCCCACCUGAACAACCUGACCCCCUGGCUGCUCCUCGACUACCCCGUGGCGAUGCCCAGCAACCUGGAGCCGGACAGCGCCUGCUCUGAUCUCUGGGGGCUUCACUUCGGGGCGCUGGCCCUGCAGCGGAUGCUGGGGGUGGCGGGCAAGGAUUUGGCCCCCCUGCUCAGGACCCUCCUCGCCCAGCUCCACUUCGUGGCCGAGUGUCACAUCCAGGACCCCCAGGGCUGUGUCCGGCUGGAGAGGGUGAACGUGUCGCAGCUCCUGGAGACCCUGGCGCAGCACCUGGGGGGGCUGCAAGGGAGACCCUCCCACUUCCCCGGCUGCGCCCGCUUGCGCUGCCGCCCAGGCCCGGCGCUGAGCAGCCCCGCCGAGCGGCAUGAGCGGCAGAAGGGGACCCUGGGGGCCAGGCAGGGCCCCCCCAGCCCCGCUGGACACGGGCUGAUGCUGCUGGGGGGACUUGGGGUGGCCCUGGGCCUGGUGGCGGCAGUCUGGGCACUGUGGAGGAGACCCUGUGCCCAGAUGGGGACACUGGGGGGCACUGGGGACACUGGAGAGGGCGGCGAGGGCAUGGAGGGCGCUGUGUGUGUUGGGGACACUGGGGACAGGGAGGGUGCUGGCUGCCCUGGGGACGCUGGGAGCACUGGGGGGCACUGGGAGGUCAUUCCCCUCAGCACCCCCCAGCCCUCACAGGGACCCCCAAGACUGGAGCAGGACGGGACCUGAGCGGCCGAGCGGUACCUGGGGACAGACACAGGUACUGGGAGGGCUCCUGCAUACUGGGAUCACUGGGAAUGCCCUGAGGACCAUCAGGCCCUCACCCUGUGCCGCUGGUGAGAGUCGGGGACCACCCAGCUCCCUGCUGGAAGCCCCUGGGGGCCACACCGGGAUCUCCAGAGCCGCGGAGAGACCCAGGGAGGGGGCCCGGCCCGGCCCCGUGCAGUGUCCAUAAAGCUGAUCCUGAC